AGAACCCGGGAGCAAAUUCAAUAAAAGAACCUUUAAAACUUUUAUGGAAAUAAACAGAUUCAUAGCGACGUACAGGUCAAGCGACCGGUGAAAAUAACUCGACAACGAUGAUUUCACAUCGGAUCUACUUUAUUUUCUUCUUAAACUUUUUAGCAGUGACACGGCUGGGGGCAUCUCGGCUACGAAUUCGACAAAUUGAAGAAAUUCUUCGUGAACAUAAUCGACACAGGCGAGAUCUUGCCUUAGGAUUGUAUGGUACUUCUGUUUCAAACAUGAUAAAACUGACGUGGAGUAAUGCCUUACAGCGGCAUGCCUCUGAAAUUUUACAGUGUAGUACGGAGAGCUCAGAACUAUCCCAGAAUAGCCUAACAGUCAACUUUGGACAAGGUGUUUCUAUUCAUGAGAUAAUUAACAAGUGGUUUCGAGAAAUUCAACAUUUAUAUCCAUAUGAGGCCUCGUGUCUCGACUUUUCUCAAUGCAGUAACAUUUUAACGAUGAUUAAUGCUGAACACCAGGCCUUAGGCUGCUCUUAUAAAAGUUGCAACGGAAAAAAUAAACUAUUAUGUAUAUACGAAGGAGGGGCUGAAUAUCCACCAGUUUACAAACCAGGUAUACCCUGUACUAAGUGUUCGGAUGAAGCUGCUUUUUGUGAUAAUGGACUGUGUGUUGCUUGUGACCCUUCAACAGAAAAAUGUGAUUGUAGAAAGACUUGUCUUCGACCUUUAAUAGGCCGAGGGACUUUAAAUAACAACACCUGCACUUGUUCUUGUAGCUUUGGAAUGGGACCUAAUUGUGACGAGGAAUGUGAAAACAAAAAUAUGUACGAAGAUUGGGAUAUUUGUCAAGAAUUGACAGAUGAGGAGUGUAACUCUCCAUUUCCAGAAGAGAGAGAUAUGUUUAGAGAAUUUUGUCCUAAAAAAUGUGGAGUGUGUAAUUCCUUUCCUUCGAGUCAUAUCAUGUCCAUGUUGAUGAAACGAAGCGGAACUAAGUGACAAAAGGUGCAAUGCAACGAUAUUUUUAAAGAGGAAUAAAGUCCUUUAUCUGUGAACCCGCAUACAUCAUCUAUAAAUCGCAGUUGUUGUUUGCUGGAACAAAUAUUUUUGUGAAUACAAGCCAACGUUCAGUAUAUAAUGGCUUAUUGUAAUUAACGCAAACAAGAAUGAGGUUGGAAAUUCGCGUUGCAUGAUAUGACUUAAAAUUUAUUUAGCAGUGUGCUAUAUUUGCAACUUUUGUUCUAAACAUAAUGCUCUUGCAGUUAUGCGUUGACGAAACUGAAUGUUUCAAAAUUCGAGAGUAAUCAAUGUUUGAUAUUUACCGCAUUUUCAAACUUUAUAAGUUUGUUUUAUGUAUGAUUUAAAGGUGUUUGGUUCGAAUAUAAAUUAUUUGGACGCAAAUAUCAUUUCCUUUUUAUCUCACUUGAGCUGAAAGCUCAAGCGAGCUUCUCUGGUCACAUUUUGUCUGUGGUCCGUCUGUCUGUCUGUAAACUUUUCACAUUUUCAACAUGCACAAAUCACCCUUAGGUAAAGGAAUUCAAAGUUAUGAAAAUGAAAGACCAAGCCUUUUUUCAAGGGGAGAUAAUUAGGAAUUAUUUAAAAAAAUCUUCUUCUCAAGAACCAUUGAGCCAGAAAAGCUGAAAAUUGCGUGGAAGCAUCCUCAGGUAGUGUAAAUUCAAAGUUGUGAAAACCAUGAUCCCUGGUUUUAGGGCAGGGCAACAACAGGAAGGGGGGGGGGGUCGAACUUUUAAAUAGGAAUAUAUAGUGUAUGUUUUAAAAAAAUCUUCUUAUUAGAAACUACUCAACAACGAAGGCUGAAACAUGUGUGCAAUCAUCCUCAGGCAGUGUAGAUUUAAUGUUGUGUAAAUCAUAACCCCCGGGGGUAGGAUGGGGCCACAGUUGGGGGGUUCAACUUUUACAUUGGAAUGAAUAGAGUAAAUCUUUAAAAAUCUUCUCAGAAACUAAUCAGCCGGGAAAGUGAAACUUAUGUUAAAGUAUACUCUGGUAAUGUAGAUGCAAAGUUGUGAAAACCAUGACCCCAGGGAUGGGGUAGGGACACCAUGGGGGGUCGAACUAUUAAAUUGGAAUAUAUAGUGUAAAUUUUUUAAAAAUCUUCUUCUUAGAAACUACGUAACCAGGAAAGCGGAAAAUUGUGUGGAAGCAUCCUCAGGUAGUGUAGAUUCAAAGUUUUAAAGUUGUGAAAUUACCUAGGGGUAGGGUGGGGCCACAAUUUGGGGUAGAACUUUUAAAUAGGAAAAUAUAGAGUAAAUCUUCUUUGAAACUAAUCAGCUAGGAAAGCUGAAACUUGUGUGGAAUCAUCCUCAGGUAAGGUAGGUUAAUGUUUGUUCAAAUCAAGAACCCCGGGGUUAGGUUUGGACCACAAUGAGGGGCGAGUUUUAUAUAGGAAUAUAUAGAGAUAAUCUUUAAUUAAACAAAUCAAAGAGAAACGAAUUGGCCAGAAAAGGUGAAAUUUGUGUGGAAGCAUCCUCAGGUAGGGUAGAUUCAAAAUUUGUUCAAAUCAUGAUCCCUGGGGGUAGAAUGGGGUCACAACGACGUUGGGGAGGGGUUUGAAAAAAAAAUACAAAAUUUUUCUCUUAAACCAAUCCAGUCCAAUCUAAUUUUACAAAGUAAAUAUUUCAUUUAUUCACAAAAACUGAAAUUGUAUAAAAUAUGGUUUUACUUAUAUGCAAGCAUUUUGACAUUUUGUUGAUUUUUUAAAAUUGUUUAGACUUUGGUCCCUGGACUAGUAUAUGGCAACAACAAUAACGACGACAACAACAACAAAAUAAUAUCUUUUGCCUUUACAAAACUGAUUCUAUGCAUAAGUACAAUAUUUUUAUGAAUAUCUUUAUAUAUGUAAAUGAUGCAUAUGAAUUUGAAGAAGCAUCAAAUCAAAAGAAUUGUUUAGAGACAAAUUCCGAUAGCAUUAAAAGUUAAAGUUAAGUUAUUCUAGGAAAAAUAGGUUGUAUGAAACAAAAUUGAUACAUUCAUGAACAAAGCAGCUAUAACUCGUUAUUAACUUCACAAAAUGUUUUACAAGUACAUGACCUUAUCCCAAUUUUAACAGAACUUGUCGGGUUUUUUUAAUCAAGCAAAAAUGAAUUUUACAUUUUUUAAAACAUUGCCUCUGUGCAAAGCAAAACACCUCAGUGGUGUUAUUACAUUUUUUUUUAUGGUGGUAAAAUUCAGUUGUGUAAUUACUUAUGGCCGUUGCCGCGAAGCACUUUUCUGUUGGUGGUAAUAAAAAG